AUGUACGAAUACCAUCCUAAUGGUCCAUAUGACAUUGAUGAUGGUUCAGAAUUCAAGCAGUUCUUUUCAGGAGUUCUUUUCCUAUGCGAUCCACCAUCGUCAAUGGUUUAUGACUCGCCUAGCUUGGUUGAAGAAGAGGACAUGAACACCACUGAAAGUGGUAGCAACGGGUUGCAACAACCCAAUGGAAUCCGGAAGCUUCUCAUUACAUCUACUGUCUUCCUUUUCUCUCUGGCUCUGGUCUCUUACACUUCUAUCACUUUCCAAAGGAAAAGACGAGCAAAAAUCCAACAGAAAAAUAAUUGACAGGCAGGCAGCCUUACCAUCCCAUCGUAAGUCCAAAAGAAUAGACCUUCAUGUUUUCUUUGAAAUUUAACAAUGCUUCGUUUUUCAGUGAUAGGUUUCGCGAUCUUCUUUGGCAGAGAACUAAAAAAAAAGGGUUGAUUUGCUCCAAGUCUUCUUCCACUGCACUUCGGAGAGGAAGG